AUGGCUAGCCAAACCAGGAAACCUCGUGUUCUGAUUGUUGGAGCUGGUCUCGGUGGACUUACAUUAGCCCAAUGCUUGCGGAAGCAGGGUGUUCCCUUUGAAAUCUUUGAGCGAGAUACCAGCGCACACUCCAGAUUCUUAGGAUGGGCUAUCGGGAUACACACGAUCCUCGACGACUUCCUUUCAUCAGUCCCAGAAGACUUGCCGCCAUUGAAGGAAAGCGUAAGUCAUUUGGCCCCGCUGAAACUUGAAGCGCAGCUUGCCUUUCAUUUUCCUGGAAAACACUUAGCGGUAAACUCUACUCCUGAGUGGCCCAUUAUAAGGGCGAAUAGGCCUCGCUUUAGAAAUUUGCUCUCAACCAAUAUCCCAAUACAAUGGGGAAAGAGGCCUACAAAAGUUGAGCAGAAAGAGGAUGAGAUCCAACUUCACUUCGAAGACGGAACUACAGCUACUGGCGAUAUCCUCGUAGGGGCAGACGGAAUAAACAGCUUCGUGCGCGAAAGUCUUCUUGGCGUCCCGAAUACUCAAACUCUCCAAGCCAUACCAAGCUGUAUAGUUGUUGGCGAAACGACGGUUACUGGAGAAGUGUUUGAGCGCCAGCUCUCUAUCGCCCACAGCUCCUACGUCGUAAUAGGAACGACUCCCAGAGAGUACUCCGUGUUUGUAGGCUUGAACCACGUGAGUGCGGAUGGAAAGUCCGGGCGAUACUACUGGUUUACACAGGAGAAAGAUCCGAUGAUUGCUAACGAGGACCACUGGAGUAAAUCCGCUUCGCGGGAAGAGCUAUACAAUUACGUUAUGAAUUUAACCAGCAAUCUUGAUCCUAGGUUCUCCGAGGUCAUCAGGUCAACAACCUUGGAUGAGCUUAAACCGCAGCCGAUGGUAUUUCGCGACGCGCAGAUCGAGAACCUGCCGGUCGGCAGGAUAACCCUUCUUGGCGAUGCAGCUCACCCAAUGAGCCCAUUCCGCGGUGAAGGAGGUGUGCACGCUCUCCGUGACGCGCUGAACCUUGGAAAGGCCAUCGCGCAGAUAAAAUCGAACAACACCGACGAGAUCAAGUCUCUGCUCGGCCCCUACCAGGAGGAGAUGCUGAGCCGAGGCGUACAGGCUGUCAGAGCUUCUAGAGGUCAGCAAGCCACUGGGAUCUCCGGGGAGACAAUAGAUGCAAAGCCACCUGUGGUAUGGGGAAAACACGCUGUAGAAGUCCCAGACGAGACCAUUAUCCUUGAAGAUGUCCUCCCUUGA